AUGCGUCGUUGGUUCGAGGCAGAACGAAUCAUAUGCUACGACAUUCGGAGACGCCUCAAUACACCCAUGGCAGCUGAACAGAAGACGUCCAACGACUUCGCUCUCCCUACCCCUGCUGUAACAGCCAUCCAUAUAGAUCAAACGAGAGAAGGCGGUUUCCAUCGCAUCAAGCGCCACCUGACCGAGGACGAACAAAAGACUUACCUCUCGGGCGGUUACCGUGCGAGGAUUAUGAAUGUCUGGCGGCCAUUAUUUCGCAAGAUCAGCGACGCGCCGCUCGUAUUCUGCGACGCACGCACCCUUGUCGAAGACGAUCUCGUCCCAGCUGACCGUGUAUCGCCCGAGUACGUCGGUGAGGUAUACUACGUCCGACCAUCGGCCCGACAGAGAUGGUACUGGCUGAGCGACAUGUCGCCUGACGAAAUCGCCAUCUUCCCGUGGAAGGCUAUUAUCAAGGAGCCUGCGCCUAAGCAAGCCUCGGCAGCUGAAGACGUGGAGAUUCGUCUGGCCGGCGAACGAGACAAGCAAAACGGCUACGGAGGAUAA